AUGCCAGAGUCCAUAAUCGACGAGCAAGAUCUUGCGCUUGAUCGCCACGAUGGCAACGUCUUCGUCAUCACCAUGCGCAAGGCACCCGAGAACCGUAUCAACAGUGCAUAUGCUCAGAAACUCAUCGGUGCCUUCAACACAGCCAGAAAGAUACUAGGACCUGACAGUGAAGGUGCUGUGAUUACGAAAGGUAACGAUGCGAAGUUCUGGUGCACAGGUCUCGAGCUCGAUGAAUCAGACAGCAACCCAUUCGCAAACUCCGAAGGCUUCUUCCCACUCCUGGCAACUAUCGUGGACUUCCCAUUCCCAACUAUAGCACUCAUCACAGGCCAUACAUUCGGUGGUGCAGGCCCCUUCGCCCUGAGCCACGAUUACAGAGUCAUGAACAGCAAACGCGGCUACUUCUCCAUGCCACCUGUUAACCUCGGCCUUCAGUUCCCAGGUAUCGGCACAUUACCACGUAUGAAGCUCCGACCACAAGUCGCGAGAGCGAUGCUUCUCGAAGCGCAACGCUGGACUGGCCAGGAAGCGUACAAGGACGGUAUUGUAGAUGCUGUUGCUGAGCCUGACAAGAUGCUCGACGUAGCCUUGGAGUUGGCGAGGAAGUGGGCACCCAAAGCUAAGAUGGGUGUGUACUCUGCUCUGCGAAAUGAGCUUUAUGGUGAUGCAGGAAAGGCAUUCCGAGAGAUCAGUUAUGUACACGGCAGAGCUACAGGAUCACCUGCUAAAGCUAAGAUAUGA